AGCGUGGGGCGGUAGACCUCGAUGCCCAACACAUUGCUAAACCAGUCGCACUCGUACACAUAAAGGACUAGGAAAUAUACAACAUUUCAAACAAGGGGAGGCGACAAAUAAGGAAAACAAAGGAGCCUCUAAUUCAACGGGACGAACCGGUACAUAGUCGUUAGCGUUUCAGACAUCCGUGGAGAGUGAUACGAUCGAGUUUGUAAGGUAGGACUGUGCACUCGCUACUUGGUCUACCACGGUAACCACCACCACCAUGCCGUUCCCCUUUGGCAAGUCCCACAAGUCGCCGGCGGACAUCGUCAAGAACCUGAAGGACAACAUGACGGUGUUGGAGAAACACGACAUCUCUGACAAGAAGGCUGAGAAGGCCACGGAGGAGGUGUCUAAGAGCCUCGUGGCGAUGAAGGAGAUUCUGUACGGCACCAAUGAGAAGGAGCCCCAGACAGAGGCGGUGGCCCAGCUGGCCCAGGAGCUUUACAACAGCGGCCUGCUCAGCACCCUCGUAGCUGACCUGCAGCUCAUCGACUUUGAGGGUAAGAAGGAUGUGGCUCAGAUCUUCAACAACAUCUUGAGGCGUCAGAUCGGGACGCGGACGCCCACGGUGGAGUACCUCUGUACUCAGCAGAACAUUCUCUUCAUGCUGCUCAAAGGGUACGAGUCUCCAGAGAUCGCUUUGAACUGUGGCAUCAUGCUGAGGGAGUGUAUCAGGCACGAGCCACUGGCCAAGAUCACUCUGGGGGCCGAGCAGUUCUACGACUUCUUCAGAUACGUGGAGAUGUCCACGUUCGACAUCGCUUCAGACGCAUUCGCCACUUUUAAAGACUUGCUAACGAGACACAAGAUUCUGAGUGCAGAGUUCCUGGAGCAGCAUUACGACAGGUUCUUCAGUGAAUAUGAGAAGUUACUCCACUCUGAGAACUACGUGACUAAAAGGCAAUCCCUCAAGUUGCUGGGAGAGCUACUUCUCGAUCGACACAAUUUCACCAUCAUGACGAAAUACAUCAGCAAGCCAGAGAACCUCAAGCUAAUGAUGAACCUUCUUCGAGACAAAAGCCGCAACAUCCAGUUUGAGGCCUUCCAUGUCUUCAAGGUGUUUGUGGCCAACCCCAACAAGACACAGCCCAUCUUGGACAUUCUUCUGAAGAACCAGACCAAACUCAUCGAGUUCCUCUCCAAGUUCCAGAACGACAGGACGGAGGACGAACAGUUCAAUGAUGAAAAGACGUACCUGGUCAAACAGAUCAGAGAUCUGAAGAGGCUGUCCCCCCAGGAGGCCUGAGGGAGGGGCUUAAGGGGUCCAGACAACAUCUGGAUAACGGACUCAUCAGCAGCCGCUGCUGUUCUGGUUUUUACACCAUUUUGAGGAGGAAAAAAAAAUUACACGCCCACAUCAGGUCAUCAAGAAGUCUCCCGCUCAUUCUGCUGUUCAAUGCAACGGACAUUCGAUUUAUUUUAUUUUUUUCCAUUUUUAUUUCCAGUAUCUCCUUUUAAAAAGAUGAACAUAAUAGAUGCUGCUUGUUUCUUCUACAUUAAGACAUGUGGAAGGGUAAUAUCAACACAACAAAGGUCAUUCAAACAUAGUAACAAUGAAAUCUACAUUUGAGUGCUAUGCAGACUUCUGACACACACGUAGUGCUAUAAUAUCAACAUAAACCUUGAGAUGAAAAGGUACUAGCAAAGUGAGCAUGGUUGCAUGCCUUGUUCGAAUGUGACCGAUAAAUCGCUGUACUUGGCUAAACGCUGGCCCUGUCUACUUAGUGUCACAGUCUGCAAAAAGCACGUACCAGCUACAACUCUUAUCUAUGCUUUCAUCGUAUACAGCAGCAACAGUGAUACAUUUUGAAAUGGGCUCUCCAGUGGCCUCAUACCAAACCAUGCAGCUAUUGGUGUGUUGUGAAACAGCACAAAGCGAAUGAUAUGGGUUAAAUGCUAGAUAUUAUUUCAGUACAGGGCUGACUUGUUCUGGUACAGGGUGAACAUGUACAUAUGACUUUUAUUUUUGCUUUGUAGAUUUUGUUGAAACAUUGACAAAUGAAUAUAUAUAUUUUACCUUAAAUCAAGUUUUUCGGUAAUUCUAAUCAAAAAUCUGUCUUUUUUUUUUUUGCUUUUCAUUUUACUGCUGAAUUUAAAUGGUGGCUGGUUCUUCUUUGUACAUAAUGUCCAGCCAGGGCCAGCUCUUACAUUGUUAACCUAGAAGACAUUACUAAUAAUUAGUACAGCUGGGGAAUGUAAUGGUAUUAGCCCAGAUCUCUUAAUCCUCUUUUCUUUCCGUCUGUAUUUCAGUAACUCGGACGACUAAAAUGUGCUGGGGUGCCAGGACAGUGGGGUGGAGGGGAGGCCAGGAGGGAAUGGGAUGGGGCAAGGUGAUAACUAAAACAUCAAGCCUGUGUGUUUGUGCUGAGCAGCCAGCCAAUGGUCACCUUCCCCUGCUCAGACGUUGCAUGUAUCAACCAAUGGUUGCGUGCCAUGUCAUCCACUGAGAGAUUGCUAUAACAUGUGGUUAGCUGAUACGUAAAAUAUAUCCGAUACAAGCAUUGUAAGUUCGAACUGGCAGGUGUCAGCGAUGCCUGGGUAGAGGAACACGCCCUCCAUCACCCAACUGGAUUCUGAUCCGGGGGGGGGGUUGAGGGGGAUUUCAGAGAAUCUCAUCAUUCUCCCCCCCACUCAUCCACUCUGGUUUAUUAUGAUAUUCACUGCUGUCUGGUGGUGUUGCACCAUAUCUAGUGAGCUUCAGGAGUUGACAAUUACUUGGCACAUUCAGAUGUUUCCCCUUUACCACCCAGUUUGAGCCUUUUUCAUUGGGGUUGAAAUUCCAGUACCAUUCCAGAGCAUUAAGUAUGUUCUUUGGAGAUUGUUUAAAUGUUUACUUUACACUGACUGCGCUAAUCUGCCAUUUGAAACACGGUAUUUAUUUGAGGGAUGGAGUUGAUUGGAUGAUAUGAAUAUAUUGCAUAUAUACCACUCAAAAGACAUGUUGACUUGCAGUGAAGGAUAUGGUCAGAGAGUAGUGUUGAGCCAAGUGCUUUUGACUGAAAGCUCAAGAUAUCCCAAUAGAUGGCAGAUCAACCAUUUCAUUGUGCAAACCAACAGAGACCAGUAUUCCUCAAUGCAUACUUAAAUUGCAUGUUCCUCUACUGGCUGCAUGGUACUCUCUACAAGCAAUGUUGUACUGGAAUUUUCUUCCAAAAAUAACAAAUGAACAUUUGAGAUAGCUUGAAAUUAUUUGGCUAUGUCUAACCUUUGACUCCAGUCCCAGCACAUUGAAUGUGUGGGUGCUUUCAGUAGUGUCAAAGGCUUUGGCCUUACCAUCUAAACAUAAAUAAAUGAAAAACAUUUGGAAUAAAUUUAACCUUUGCUCAGUGUUAA